AUACUACUACUGGUAGUGGUAAACAACUUUGGAGGAUCCGUCAAAGGAGGUCUGACCGACGUUGUUGUCGUCGUCUUUCUCCUCCGAGCAGUGGUCGUCCUCCUUGUGGUCGGCGUUGUUGUUGUGGACGUCGUCGACGUAGUUGUGGUGGUCGUCGUUGGCGUCGUCGUGGACGUUGUCGUCGGCGUCGUCGUUGCCAGUGUCGUCGUUGUCGGUGUCGUCGUUGUUGAAGUGGUUGUUGACGUAGUGGUUGUGGACGUUGUUGUUGUUGUUGACGUUGUUGGUGGACUCGUCGUGGUGGGUCUUGGGGUCGUCGUAGUGGUCACUUUGCGUUCUUCUUUUUCUGAAUCAUCAGCGGAGACUACCUGA